AUGACGCUGGCGUCUAUUUUAGAGAAUUCAUCACACGUAGCCGUACUCGCAUCAGCUGAGGAUUUCGACAGCGCUGAGAGCACAAACACAAGCACCCACUCGCUCACGCUCAACGGGAAGCCCGUAGUCCUCACACGCGCACCUUUCCCGCACGCCGACAGCGUUCUUGAACAGCACUCUACCGCGUCUGACCAAGGCCGCGCGUUGGUAGCCGCAGCAUUCACAGACGGUGCAGAAGGCGCAGGCGGUGGCGUGGAGUGCAACACCAACAGCGCCAACAGCGCCAUAGACGAGCAACUCCACCGUCUCUCUAUAAGGGAUGGCGACCAAGGUGCUUUCUCCGAAACACAGAAACCUCAGACACCACCGGCAAACCCACCGGCACACGCCACAGUGCCCUCCACGCGGCGUCCGAGCAUACAGCCGCAGCUGAGCAGAGCUGCGAUGCUGCGCAUGGGCAUCACUCCCCCGCCCAAGCGCGAGCAGGGGCGUGCAAACACAAGCGAGAGUGCAAGAGUAGAGAGCAGAGAAGGCAAGCUUGAUCGUGAUCGUGCAACUCCCAAGCCAAAAUCACUCGGCACACCCAAGAUCCAGGUACGCCAGUCGCGCUCUUCUCAGCUGCGACGUGGGAGUGAGGGGGUUGAGGGGGGUGAGGAGACUCUAACAGCAGCCAGACGACGCACAAGCAGCACACCAGUGGAUUACUCGAGCACACCCGGACAUCGUCGCGCGAGUAUGGCAGUGGACGUAGCUAGCACACGCCAGCCAGUCUUCACUCCCCGUCAGACGCGCGCUAGUAGGUUGCGAUUGGGGGGUGGCGAGGUGGACGAAACCAGCCGGUCGCCGUCUGCCCUCUCACAAAGCAAUGGCGCAAAUGGCGCAAAUAGGGACAUAUUCGCCAAUACACCCGGACAUCGUCGCGCGAGUAUAAUCGUAGACGUAGCUAGUACGCGCCAGCCAGCUUUCACUCCCCGCCAGACGCGCGCUAGCAGAUUGAGGAUGGGCAGUGAGGCGGAUGAGGCGGGUGAGGCUUCUGUGAAUGGAGGCAGACCGUCUUCGACCCUUUCGAGACGCUCUUCCACCGACACCUUCACAUUUGCUAGCACCCCUGGACAUAAACGUGCCCUAAGCAUCCCCGUCAAAUCCACCAACACCCCUUCCAUUGCCGCUCGUGAAAAUAAAAGCUCUGCACUCAGAGCUAAUCGUAUGUCAACAGAUGUGCACGACUCAACCAAAAAACCAUUCAAUCUGUCCACAUCAAUCGCGAAGGACAAGUUUGUCGAGUUUGACAAGAAGAAGGUGAAGCCGGUUAAGAGAGACAGUGGUGGAGUGUUCUAG